GAGAUCGCACUGCCAUCCCGAGCUGAGAUGUUGCAGGCGAAUCCACUUGUGCCGCCGCAGGCUGCGUUGCUAUAUCCUACUAAUGUCAAUGUCAUGGAUUGCAUCUCAACAAAGCAUUAUCUUAUUCGAUGUGGAAUUAGGGUUAGGGGAUUGUCCUCCUUCCCGACGACAACUGGUGGAGGAGGGGUGAUACCGCCUAACGCUCUCCAUCGACGCAGCUACCCCUCCUGGCGGGGCGGAGGUUUCAGCCUUGGGGUCGAUCUUGGCUCCUCACACACUGGCCUCGCUCUCGGGAAAGGCUUCUUCCCUCGUCCCCUUACAGUUUUGGAUCUUCGGGGGAAGAAACUGGAGAUGCGCCUUCUCAAAAUUGCCGAGAUGGAGGAAGCCGAUGAAUUCAUUAUAGGGCUUCCCAAGUCUCAUGAUGGUAAGGAGACCCCGCAGUCCAACAAAGUUCGCAGCAUAGCUGGUAGGAUUGCUGUCCAAGCUGCUGAGCGUGGUUGGAGGGUAUAUCUGCAAGAUGAGUAUGGGACCACACUAGAUGCUCUUGACUACAUGAUAGAAAGGUUCAAUGCCCAACUGAGUUUCAAAUCCUUUGUCAAGAGGAGAUUGAAGAGAUCUGCUCGCCAAGAACGAAUUGAUGCUUAUUCUGCUUUGAUGUUGCUAGAGAGAUACUUCUCAACUUCAGGUACUGAAGCUGAAUUAGUGCUUCCAAAGCAGUUGCAUUUGCAAGAAAAACUCAAGAGGUUCAGGGAUUCAAACUGUGAAAUUGGACCACAUAAGGAUCCGACGUACCUACGCCACCCUCAAGCAUAAUUACGCUGGGCCUUUGUUUGAAGAACCAAAGAGAGAACUGAGUGGGUGGAAUAAUUAUGCUACUUCAAGGUGUAACUACCCUGCCAUUUCAAGGCGUAACUAUGAUACAAUCAGGCUUACCUACUCUGGGUUUCGCCUAAAAACCAAUUUGGGAAGAAUUCAGAGGUAGUUCGGGGCAAAAGCUAUUUAAACUGAUUUUAUGGUUUCAUGACGAGAGUUUUAGGACAUUGGAGGCUGUUCUUUCUUCUUGUUCUUUAAGGAGCCUUGUAAAACCUAGGGACUUUUCCAUUGGUCGCUUUUUGGAGAAGAUUCCUAGGGUUAUUUUCUUUAUAAGUUAACAGAAUAUAGAGAGUGAUUUGUGUAAACUUCUACUAGAGAGAUCGAUGGAAAGGAUUAUAGUGUAUUACAUGGGCCAAUUGACUCGAAUUUGAAUUUU